AUGGAGAAUCCCAACGGCGCUUCGUACUACGAGAAGGUGGACGGCCUCGCGCGGUGGUUCGGCAUGAACGUGGCGGCGGCGUUCUUCGCCUCCCUCGAGCGGUGCUCGUGCGUCAACCUCACCACCUUCGACACCGACGACGACGGUGAGGAGGAGGCCAAGGAUCGGCCUCUGAUGCUCACCUCCUUCUCGUCCAUGAACUCCACCGCGUCUUCCUCUUUGUUCUCGGCUAAUCACAGCGGGAAUGCGGAAAAUUCUCCAGCCGGUGUUGAGAAUCUGCCUGUCUGA